AUGUCUUGGAUCCACAGAAUUGUGGUUCCCCUUCUGUUGUUCUUGGGUACAUUUACCACCGGUGCCAUUCCACUCUACUAUGCCUCUUUCUCACCCAGUGAAAGGGGGCUUUCCCUCAUGUCAAAGUUGGGAUUAGGUAUGCUAUUAGGGGCGGCAUUCGUAUUGGUGAUUCCCGAAGGUUUAGAAAGGGUUGAUGGUAGCUUUGUUGGAAUAGAUUUGCUUGCUGGAUUCAUAUUGACCUAUCUAGCAGAAUCUCUGGUGAGACAAAAGAGGGAUAUCCAAGGUCAAUUACGGCAAUUCCUAAGUAAUGGUGUAGUGGUAGCAUUGGUCAUUCAUGGAUUUGCAGAUGGGUUAGUCCUCGGGACUACGGUUAAUCAGGCGCGUACGCUUUUAGUUCUUCUGUUGGCGGUUAUUGUUCAUCGUAUUCCUGUGGUGUUGUCAUUGGUAUCGGUACUAGUGUCACGACAGCGACUAACAAGAGGAGAGGUCACUAGACACCUCCUGAUCUUUUCACUGUCAUCACCCUGUGGAUAUGCCUUAGCUGCAGCUUGCGAAUCCAUUGGUAUUAUUAAAGGUUUGGGUGACCAUCUACUUUUAGCGAGCGGUGGAUCGCUACUAUAUGCAGGAUUUGCUCUGCGUAGCAGUGAUGUGGAUACUACGAAUAAAGAGGUGACAAGACCUGCUCCCAGUCCGGGUGCCGGCAGAGAGGGAUCUGAUGGAUUUAUCGUCUUGGAACCGCCAGAGGACGAACCAGAGACGGAUAGAUUUGGUCCGUUUUGGGUAGCUGGUGGAACGGUUCUACCAGUCUUGAUUUCGCUAUUUGGUGGUGAAGACUAG